CUUUGUGUUGUAGCCUGCCAGACUCCAGGAAGCCCAAAUCUAGGGGCUUGGUCACCGCAUUCCAGAUGUCCAGGACAGCCUUCAUUAGAAAGCAGCUGCACCUCCUGCAGGUGGACUCGGUCCAGCGCUGGAUGGAGGACCUCAAGCUCAUGACCGAGUGUGAGUGCAUGUGUGUCCUGCAGGCGAAGCCCAUCAGCCUGGAGGAGGACACGCAAGGAGAUCUCAUCUUGGCGGGUGGACCGGGCCCUGGAGAACCUCUGCAGCUGCUGCUCAAGCGGGGCUGGGUCAUCAGCACUGAGCUGCGCAGGAUCGGGCAGAAGCUGGCCCAGGAGCGCUGGGCCCGAGUGCACAGCAUGAGCGUACGACUAACAUGCCAUGCCCGCUCCAUGGUCAGCGAGUACAACGCGGCCAGCAGGAGCCCCUCGCAGGAAAUGGGCCAGGUGGAGAAGCUGCUAAUGGAAAAAUGUUCAGAGCUCUCUGCAGUCACAGAGAGGUGCCUCCAGGUGGAGAAGGAGCAUGUCCUGAAGUCGAUGAAGGCCUGCGUGAGUGAGACCCUGAGCACGCUGGGCCAGCACUUCGGCCAGCUGUUGGAGCUGGCUCUGACACGGGAGGUGCAGGCACUGGUGAGAAAAAUUGAUGCCUCGGACAACAUCUAUACCAUGGAGUCCACCACAGGGAACUUGUUCAGCCUGACCCAGGAGGGUGCGCCUUUGUGCCGCAUCAUAGCCCAGGAGGGUGGGGUCGUGGCCCUCUUCAAGGUCUGCCGGCAGGACAGUUUCCGGUGCUUGUACCCCCAGGCACUCCGAACACUGGCCUCCAUCUGCUGUGUGGAAGAGGGUGUCCACCAACUGGAGAAGGUGGAUGGUGUUCUGUGCUUGGCCGACAUCCUGACUGACGACAGCAAUUCAGAAGCCACUCGAGCUGAGGCUGCAGCUGUGGUGGCCCAGGUCACCUCUCCACAUCUGUCCUUCACCCAGCAUCUCAGUAGCUUCCUGGAGAGCAUGGAGGAGAUUGUGACAGCCCUCGUCAAGCUUUGCCAAGAGGCCUCAUCUGGAGAAGUCUUCCUCCUGGCCUCUGCAGCCCUUGCCAACAUCACCUUUUUUGACACAAUGGCCUGUGAAAUGCUUCUGCAGCUGAACGCCAUCCACGUCCUCUUAGAAGCCUGCAGCGACAAGCAGAGAGUGGAUACGCCUUAUACCCGGGACCAGAUUGUGACCAUCUUGGCGAACAUGUCUGUCCUGGAGCAGUGUGCCUCUGACAUCAUUCAGGAGAAUGGGGUCCAGCUCAUCAUGGGCAUGCUGUCUGAGAAGCCAAGGUCAGGGACCCCCGCCGAAGUGGCAGCCUGUGAGAGGGUCCAACAGAAAGCUGCAGUGACGCUGGCCCGUCUCAGCCGAGACCCAGAGGUGGCACGGGAAGCCGUACGGCUUAGCUGUGUGUCCCGUCUCAUCGAGCUCUGCAGAUCUCCUUCGGAAAGGAACAGCAGUGAUGCUGUGCUCGUGGCCUGCCUGGCUGCUCUGCGUCGAUUGGCUGGGGUCUGCCCUGAAGGCCUCCAGGACUCGGACUUCCAGCAGCUGGUCCAGCCCAGGCUUGUGGACUCCUUCUUACUCUGCAGCAACAUGGAGGAGAGUUUUGUGUAGCAUGCAUAGGAGGAAAUGUAUUUGCCCUGUUCUCAUUCCCUCUGAGUACACACCUGCAAAGCACCUGAGUAUACACCACCUCUCCUCAUCCUUAUUUAUACCUAAUUUAUUUUUUACAUGAAAUGGGCAGUGGAGUCUUCUACCAACAUCAUCAAACAGUAGGUGGUCCUUGGGAAUCUUUUUUGUUUCUAUUUUUUGAUUUCUGUGGCUUUUCAGUUGCAGAUGCUGAAAUGCAUAAUGGCUAAUAUGACAGAUUGUCAUGGAUAAUUUCACUUCAUCUUGCUUUCUCUACUCUCACUAUAUAAUCUUGCCUAAUUUUUUUAAAUGUUGGAACCAGAGUAUCUUAGCUGCCCAGCAGUUAUUUUUAAAAGUUAGAAUCACUCUUCCCAAAAAUUUUUAAAUGAAUUUCACAGCUGGACAGCAUAUACUGGAAAGAAAGGUUUUUCUUUAAUAAAUGGAAUAAUGCAAAAUG